AUGAUGAAAUCGUCAAUUUAGUUGCGGUGAGCCAUAAACUGCGGCUUAUAGCUUGGAUAUGAGAAAUGAAACUCGAAACUGUUAAUAUAAGCUUGGUAAAUGCCACAAAGUCUGUUUGUUGACACGUAAAUAAUGUUUUAUGAAGGGAACACUAAAUUAAAUCGCGUGAUUGUUUUACGAGUUUCGUUUACAAAAAUCACGGCUACGUUGAUAAAUAUUAUUAGCUGGGUCUUCAUACAAUUCUUGAAUCUUGAAUUCUUUGUUACCGUGGUUUUCACAUGUUUUAUUUGUUUUUGUUACUUGGGCAAAAUAGUGUAUCUAGUAUCUUAUAGAAGUUUUAAAAAAAUUACUUAUAUGGAAUGUGGAUUUAUUAUUGAAAAUUGUCACAAUUGCCGUGCGUACAUCACCGGAACAAAUAUUUUCGAAGUGAGAACAAUACGUCUACUGUGAUGUCUACCACAGCCGUUGAACACAAAAAGCCAUCCAGGCGAGUAUCGAUAUCGGGAUUUUUUAACAGAAAAGCUGAACGCAAGGUGUCAGUAGUGACCCGACAACAUGUCGAUCCUGUGGACGUUAUUAUCGAAGAGGCUGGUGUGUUUUCAUGCGAUGUGCAAACUGCUAAGCCUAAAGUGGAUCGCACUCAUAUCGUGAGGGAUAAAAAAGUGGAAGCGAUUAACAAGGUAACAAUACCAAAAGAGGAUAUUGCUCGCAACGCCUUGAACAGAGAAAUAAGAUCGAAACAAAGCAGUAAACCAGCGCGAAGAAAAGGUACCACAGAUGCACCACAUCGCGUUGGCCUUUUCGAUAGCUUUCGAAGCAACCGUAAACCAGCGAAAUAUUCGCUAAAAGAGAGAGAGCCAGCAAAAAACACAUCUAAAACGAAUAAGCAGAAACAUUCCCCUGUAGGGGUAAUCGGUUAUCCGGACGGAUCACCUGUGUCGCCUUUGUACGAGUAUGCCAGAGCAAGAAAUUUACAACUCUUCGAUGACGAUUCUCCAACGCGAGAUAGACGUUCCAACAAAUCGCUCUCCCCUGAGCAAUCUCCUCGUUCUGGAAAAUUCCGACAGUUUUCGAAUAACAGUCUACCCAACACCGAUGACGAGUCCGAUUGCGUUCCAACCAGAAAAGUCCAGGAUCUAUCAACAAUAAAAGUUGUCAACGAUGGUCGAAUAAUGAAAAACGGCAUUCUGAAACACGAUAGAUCUCCCGUUUCAGACGACGACGGUAUAAGCUCGGGCUCUAAUACCCCAGUUCCCGUCUUAGUUACCCCAUGUUCCAAUUCAUCUGAUAGCGAUUCCUAUCUAAGAAAUGGUCGCACAACGAGUGAAUCGACGGUGCCAACGAGUCCGGAUGAUGAAACGGAUUCUAUGGAUAUCUCAACCUUCCCUCGAUCACCUAGAAGGAAUCAAAAAUCCGCCGAAAUUGAUAAAACCAAAUCGAGGUCACAAGAAAGUUACUGACCACUAUUGUAAAUGCUUUUACCGGUCGCACCAGUAAAGAAGGCGAAACAGACAAUGACUUGGAGGAGGCGUUAUUUUCGACUGCACAUGUCAGAAGCACCCCCAUUUUCAAAAUCGGUUCCAUUUCUUCCAUAAACAAUGAUGCUGGUAUCACAAUCAUAGGAGAAGGCACGGGCACAGAUAAGUCAGAUGACGAAGUAUUUAAUACUGAAUUCACAACGUGGGAAGGAAGAGGCGUGCUGACCUUGCCAAGACCAAAGCACAGAAAAAUUGGGAAAAUUGGAAUCUAUCGUUUUAAGGA